GGUAAGUUUACCAAAACAUCGAUGCAACGACAUAUGAUUUGAAAUUAGCAGACCCCUCACCUUUCUGCCGUGUCUUCACACAAACACCACACACAGAGAGAGAACAGAGGCCCUCCAAUCCAAUCUCCAUUAUUAUUUUCACCAUUUUUUCUUUCUUUCAAAUUUUCACCAUCGCCAGACAAUGCGUGGAUACGCAUAGGCGAUCAAUAUUUUAUUCUCUCUCUUUCUUCUGUCCGGAGAAGAGAAAAAGGAGAAAAGUCGACGGAUGGGCUCGAGUAUUAGCCGCCCCAGCUCUUCUCCUCGGGCUGGGCCCCACCGACGCCGUCGCCCGUCGAUCAGGCGCACUCUCUCCUCUUUUCUCGUCUGUGGUGCCACCUCCUCAUCUCGUGAGAUGGAAGAUUAUCCAGCUGAAUUGCUGGUACAUACUGCUGAGCAUGAAUGUGGACAGAAGUUGAGAUUCCAAAGAAAAAAUUCUGAUUUAUCCCUGGGAAACAGGAAUGAUUUGAUUACCAUUAGAAGUGAAAAUGUGGUCUCAUCUAAAAGAUAUUUGGCUGCCCAUGAGAAUGAUGCUCCAGAAUGUGGUGUGAGAAAUGUUGACUCUGCAAACAAAGGUAAAUGUUUGUCUGAAAGUAGAGAGUUGAUUCUUCCAUACCAAUCCACCACCAGUUCCAGAGUUUACGAAAAUGCAAGCACUUCGUACGUAGAUCAGCCGCCGUCUUCUUCUCGUGUUUCUGCAAACAGUUGCAACAUGAAUAGGUUUCCAUUUCAAGUUGGUGAUAAACUCAAAAUUUCAAGCAGCAUAUGUCAAGGUCACAGGGAACUUUCAUUGGACGAAACUUCUGUUGGAAAUAAUGCCCUUGAAGAAGUUGAUUGCUCUAAUUCUGAUUUUUGUACUUCUUCUGUUGUUACCGGUUCACCUGUUGACUUCUGUGUGCUGAGGGAUGAUACCCUUCAGGACGUAACAACUUCAGGUUUAGGGUUUCUGGUGUCGGACAUGGAACAAAGCAGACAAGACCGGAGUUUACUGCAUGUUGAUGUGGUGAGUAUAUCCUCAAAUAUAUUACAGUCUAGUUCUGCUGAAACAAGCAGUCGGGAAGCGAGAAGGAAUAGCAGGAGGUUAUUUUGGGAUGCUUUCGCAAGGCGCAAUUCUAGGGGUCAUACAAAUUCCAGAACAUUUUCGUUCUCAUCAGCAGAUUCUGAUAAUGUGAGACCUCAUGACAGAUGCCUCCUUGAUUUAAGUGGUGGUUCCAUUAAUGAUGAAGUUGGUGGAGAUUUUAGUCCUCAUGAUAGUAGAACUCCAAGCAGUAAUGAGCAAAGAUGGAAUUCGAGAUCUGAGAUUUGGGAAAGACUUGGUGGAGGUCAUGAUUCAACCGACCAUUCAACUGCAGCCUGCCCGAGAGGUAUCCAUACUGGUGGCUCAUGCUCGUGCCCUUCCAGUUCGUCAGCAGAGGAGCCUGGAACACGUGCCGGCAUUUCUCGGAUAGUCAUGCUUGCUGAAGCAUUAUUCGAGGUACUUGAUCAAAUUCACCAACAGCCAAUGUCACUUUCCUUAUCUAUGGUCUCACUUCCUGCUCAAGAAUCGGUCGUUAACUCUUUUCCUGUGAAGACCCAUCGAAAGACGGAAAUGAAAUCUGCAGAUGAUGUUUCACAGUGCUAUAUAUGCCUGGCCGAGUAUGAAGAUGGAGAUGAAAUACGAGUUCUGCCAUGUCUCCAUGAGUAUCACAUGUCAUGUGUGGAUAAAUGGCUUAAAGAGAUACAUGGUGUGUGCCCUCUCUGCCGAGGAGAUGUUCGUGAGGGUUUCAUAGAGGACUCUAUUUCUAACUGAGGUUCUUUCAGUUGACCAAUUAUUGUAAAUAAUUAUUUGUUAAAGAUGGCCCCGAAGAGCUGUAACUUCACGAAGUAAUAACACGUAAUCGAAAAUCUUUUUGAUUUAGAGGAAAUUAGCUAGUGCAAGAAAAUACAGAAAAAGAAUUGCAGUACAUGGAAAUAUAUGUAUGGUUGACAAUCAGAAGUGUAAUGGCUUUCAGGCACGGGUCGAUAUUGAUACACAUCAUAGGUUAGAAACAAUAGACUGAUCAAUAGUACUUUCCGCCUUACCUGGUGAUUUUGAGUGCCUUUGAUCCCAGAUAGUGGCGAUGGGAAAUUAGAUUUUGUUCUUUUUAUUUUUUGCACGUCUGAGGUUAGGCCUUAUAAAGUUGAGUGACAUUUGUUCUUGAAAUAUGCGCAUCUUUCAUA